ACUUUCCCUUAUUUAAUUUCUUAUCAGUCCUGGGAUGAGUUCUACAAAUAUGGUUGGCUUGUGUAGUAACAAUCUUGGAGGUGGGGAGACAGAGACUGUUAAGUUGGAACCAGAAUUGGUUGAAAGUUCACUUCCACAAAUGGAGUACUGUGAAGCUGACUCCUUGCCAUAUCAAAAAUCCUCAAGCAGUGGCGGGAGGCAAGAUUCUACAGCUACUGAACAGAGUGGAACCACUGUCUUGGAUCAAGAUCAGUCUCCGAUAGAUGAUUCAAGCCUUUGUUCUACAUCACAAAUAUGUUCAGCACCCCUAUCUCGCCAGUUCUGGAGAGCUGGAAAUUAUGAUGAGGGGCGUGCUACUAAGUCCACCCUUAAAAAAGGCUCCAGUUUCCUGCACAUUCACCCGAAGUUCCUUCACUCAAACGCCACUUCCCAUAAAUGGGCAUUUGGUGCCUUGGCAGAGCUUCUUGACAAUGCUGUUGAUGAGAUACAAAAUGGAGCCUCCUUUGUUAUUGUAGAUAAAACACCAAAUCCAAGGAGUGGAAGUUCAGCUUUAAUGGUUCAAGAUGAUGGCGGUGGAAUGGACCCAGAAGCCAUACGUCGUUGUAUGAGCUUUGGGUUUUCGGAUAAGAAGUCAGCUUCAACUAUUGGACAGUAUGGAAAUGGUUUUAAGACCAGUUCAAUGAGACUUGGGGCAGAUGUUAUUGUCUUUAGCCGCUGCAAAAAGAACAGGAAAUUGACACAAAGCAUUGGGCUUCUAUCUCAGACAUUUCUGACUCGAGCAGGCCUUGACAGAAUAGUGGUUCCUUUGCUUGACUUUGAGUUCAGUGCAGCAGCUGGAAAAUGGAGUUCAUUACAUGGUGAACAACAUUUUAGGAAUAACCUCUCGUUGUUGUUGCGCUGGUCUCCAUUUGCGACAGAGGCAGAGCUUCUUAAGCAAUUUGAUGACAUUGGUGAUCAUGGCACAAAGGUGAUUGUCUACAAUUUGUGGUAUAAUGAUGAAGGCAGAAUGGAGCUCGACUUUGAGGCAGAUUCUGAGGAUAUUCGCCUUUCGGGGGAUGCAAACGAUAAUGAGAAGAGUGGCUCUCGUAUUAAAGUAAGUGACCAGCAUCUUGCGAACCGUCUUCGUUACUCACUCCGUGCAUAUUUAUCAGUGUUGUACUUGCGGAUUCCAGACAACUUCUGUAUUCUGUUACGUGGACGGGUUGUUGAACUCCAUAACAUUGCUAAGGAUCUCAAGUACCCCGAAUUUAUCAUGUAUAAGCCUCAAACUCUUGGAUUCAAAGAGGGUUCAGUCAUUACCACUAUUGGUUUCCUAAAGGAAGCUCCAGUGGUGAAUAUUCAUGGGUUCAAUGUCUACCACAAAAAUCGGUUAAUACUGCCGUUUUGGCAUGUUGUGAGGUACUCAGAUAGUAGAGGCAGAGGAGUUGUUGGUGUUCUAGAAGCAAACUUUAUUCAGCCAACCCAUAAUAAGCAGGACUUCGAGAAAACCCCUCUUUUUCAAAAGCUUGAAGUACGAUUAAAGGAGAUGACAUGGGAAUACUGGGAUUAUCACUGCGGGCUCCUCGGUUACUUUCCAAAGAAAAAACCUCAGGGACCGAUAACUCCUCAGGCUUCAUCUGAAUCUAGACAACUACAUGGAUCAUAUAAACCUGUUGUCUUGGGAAACUCCUCUGGUGCGGUUGGUUCAAACAUUACAGUAAGGGGAACUGUAACUUCUCAGGCUUCAUCUGAAUCUAGACAACAACAUGGGUCAUAUAAACCUGUUGUCUUGGGAAACUCCUCUGGUGCGGUUGGUUCAAACAUUACAGUACGGGGAACUGUAACACCAGUCUUCCAAAGUAACUCUAAACAAGGAGCUUCAAAAAGGAAAGCAGUUGAUCGUCCAAUAGAACAUGAAAACUCGAAACGGACAGCGGGACUAGUAGUUGAUUUAACUGGUGGUGAGCGAAGUCAAGAAAUUCUGACUCUCACUUCAAGUGGCUCAGAAGAUCAAGAGGCUGCCCAUCUCAUUCAAGAGAAUGAAAAGCUCCGCGCACAGUGCUCGGAAUGUGAGAAGAGGGAGGAAGAACUUCAUUCAAAGGUUAAUAAGCUUCGGAAGGAGCUGAAAGAAGCACAACGUACCUAUGCACAUAUGCUAGUGGAAUCAAGGUUAUUAGACAAAGUCAAACCUGAAGAAGAUGUUUAUAUUUAACGAAGUGCCCAUCCUUGUACUAUAGUUAGCUCUUUAAAUGAAUUUUAAUCUUAGCUGUUGUUGAUAAAAUCUCGUUCCUUUCUCUGUUGUGACGGAAUAUUACCAUGAUUCUUGUUUUCUUCUUUUGUUUAUGCAACAGAAUGGACGUAGAAACAACGUUUUCACAGAUUAGAGUUUGUCCCAUUGUAUCUGUGGCCAAAUAACCAUUUACUUUUAUAUUUGUAAACUUGUAACUCAUAUUACAA